AUGGGCGCGGAGGCAAGCGCGGCGGCGGAGAGCUCGCGAGACAAGCUCAACGCCUCCGUCACCGAAGCGCAAACCCUAGCGGCGGAGCUUCACGAGAGCCAGAAGGCGGUGGCCGCUAGGGACGAGCUCUUGAGCGAGGAGAGGGAGAUCGCCGGCGAGCUGAGGGAGUGCCUGGCUAGGGCCAGGGGCAAGGGCGAGGAGGAGGCCAGGCGCGCGGCGGAGGCGGAGGCGCUCGCCGCGUCCCAGGGAGGUGAGCUGUAUAAUGGUACACGCUAG